UUUUUUGUAACUUCGAUUGAAAUUUUUGUUUUCUUCACUGUAAAUAAAUUUGUAAAUAUAUAUUUUGGAAGUGUGCAAGUGCAGCUGCUGUAGGGCAGUUCUAAAUUACAUGAGUGUUUGUGUGUGGUUGUAAUAUCAAAAACAAAAGGGGCGCAGUUGUCACAAAAGCAACAACGAAGCAGAAAGCAGCAGCGAAAGUCACAACAGCUGAUAAAUAAUAAUAACUAUUAAUAGUGACUGGCAAGUGUAAGUGAGUUUAGUUCUCGGUAGGCAUUGGCGAAGUGCGAAGCAAGUUGUCGGUAUUUGAUCGCGCAAUAGCAACAGGAGAUUGGAAAUUGAAACAGUCAAUACUCCUGUAGAAGAAAAAAGGAUACGCUAGAAUUACAAUGUGUGACGAGGCCAAUACACCGACCUUGCGGGCAUGCAUUGAUUUACCGUUGCGGCAGGACGAACUGCUCGAGGUCACUGCCAAGGCCAAGGACUAUGCCAUUAUGCAUGGCGCCGCGAUGCGCUCAAAGACCAAUUACAGUGCGGAUGCUUUAAAUUUUGCACCCUUUGUGCUGGUGCCUUCGUCCUUUCCGCGCAAGGAAUUCGAAAAGGCCAUUGCCCUACAACCCAUCAUCAAUCGUCUGAUGCAUAAUGUCGCCCACGAUGAAGAGUUCAUUACAACCACACUGGCAGAGACAGUAAAAGUGGAUGAAUUCACAGCCGACUUAUUUAACAUCUACAAGAAAGUGUUGGCCAACGGCUUCACUCAGCGCACUUCAUUGGGGAUGUUGCGUAGCGAUUUGAUGCUGGAGUCUGGAUGUCCUGAACUCUUACCAAAGCAUGCGUGCGACGGAGAGGCGAUGGAUGAGGGCAAAGGCGUUUCUACCGCUGCCACUGCGGGCGGGGGCGGCGACGACGAAGAUGAGGCCAAAGGCAGCAAUGUCAACACCAAUCUGCCGAAAAUCUAUCAAAAUACGGUGAAGACGCCAACAACGGCAAAGGCAGCCAGCAAGGCAACCUCAACGGCGACUAAAAAAUCUGGAGCGGCCUAUUGUUGUUGGAAACAAGUUGAGAUCAAUACGAUAGCAUCGGGUUUUGGCCAUUUGGGACCAGCAAGUAAAACGAUACAAAGCUUUGUGCUACGUGAACUAGGACACGCCGAUAAGCUGAAGAAUAUGCCGAAAAAUGAUGCACUCUCUGGCCUGUGCGAUGGCAUGGUCAAGGCUUGGGAUAUCUAUGGCAAAAAGGAUGCCGUAAUACUCUUCAUCAUCGAGGAUAUUUCAUACAACAUUUGCGAUCAGCGCUUCCACGAGUUCUACAUACGGGAGCAAUACCCACACAUUAAGGUGGUGCGCCGCACCCUGACCGAUGUGCAUAAGCUCGGCAAGCUUGGCCAGUGCAAGGAGCUCCUUCUCGAUGGCAUUGAAGUGGCCGUCAUAUACUUCCGUGCCGGGUACGAGCCAGGCCACUAUCAUUCACAGGCCGAAUGGGAUGCACGCUAUCUGAUGGAAUGCUCACUGGCCAUCAAAUGCCCAUCCAUACAGUAUCAUUUGGCUGGCACAAAGAAAGUGCAGCAGGCAUUGGCUCAACCAGCCGUGUUGGAGCGUUUCAUAAACGAUCCUGAGGAGAUUAAGGCCGUGGGCAAGAUAUUCACCGGUCUGUACUCUUUGGAUGACAACGAUGCGGGGAAUAGCACAUAUGAAAUGGCGUUGAAAACUCCCGAACGUUUCGUGCUCAAGCCACAGCGAGAGGGUGGCGGAAACAAUGUGUACGGCUUGGAAAUACCCGAAGCUCUGAAGAAAAUGUCGCGUGUGGAGCGUUCUGCUUGGAUUCUGAUGGACCUUAUACAUCCACCAUUGUCCAAGGGUUACAUGGUACGUCCUGGUGGCGAUAUGCCACCCACAGUUGUUGACAUGGUUUCGGAACUGGGCAUCUUUGGCGUUAUUAUUGGCGAUGCAGACCACAUUGUACACAAUUACCAGGCUGGACACAUGCUGCGCACCAAGCUCUCCACAGCGAACGAAGGUGGAGUGGCCGCUGGCUUGGGCGCUCUUGAUAGCCCCUAUCUGAUUGACAGCGACGAUGAAGGCGAGUAUAAUUAAUGGGCCAUUCGUCUGCACGUAUUGCAUUCCAGUGCAACAAUUAAAAGUGCAUUGUUUAUUUCAAACGAAGACUUGUAUGAGCAUAUUUGUGUCCAGAUGUAGUGACCCAAAGCAAAUCCCAAACUACUUAUAUUCAUAAUCAACAUAUACAUACAUAUUACUUUCAAUUGUAAAUUAAAAGAUAAAAGAAAAACAGAUUAUUUUUGUACUGCUCGAGAUCAUUUAAGAGGUUGUUAGUGUGUGCGAAUGACCAAAUUGUAUAUACAUUUAUAUAUAUUAUAGAAAAAGAAUUAAAAUAAAGCCAUAAAUUAAAAAC